UUUGGUAUGACCAUUCUGUACAUGUUAAUGUACAAAUGAGGAAAUAUCAACUCUUCCAGAAGCUGGCCCAGGCCCAUCUCAGAACUUAAGCUCUGGCCAUUCUUCCUUGUGUCUUAUUCUUAGACAGCUCAAGGCCCUUCCUUUUCCAACUGAGAUCCCAACCCAGCCUCUUUUCCUGACACUAAAAAGGAGUCUGAUAAACAAACCAAGAUUCUGAUUCCUCCAAUCAAGAAUCUCUCUCCAUGACUGAAGCUGGAGAUUCAUUUCUGUAUUGAUGGCUGAAGGAAACCGGACAAGGGUUGGGGAGUUUAUCCUCAUGAGCUUCUCUUCCCUACCUACUGAAAUACAGUCACUACUCUUCCUGACAUUUCUAAUCAUCUACCUGGUCACGCUAUUGGGAAACAGCCUCAUCAUUCUUGUUACCUUGGCUGACCCCAUGCUGCACAGCCCCAUGUACUUCUUCCUCAGGAACUUGUCCUUCUUGGAGAUUGGCUUCAACCUAGUCAUCGUGCCCAAGAUGCUGGGGACCCUGCUUGCCCGGGACACAACCAUCUCCUUCCUUGGCUGUGCCAUGCAGAUGUAUUUCUUCUUCUUCUUUGGAGUUGCUGAAUGCGUCCUCCUGGCCACCAUGGCAUAUGACCGCUAUGUAGCCAUCUGCAAUCCCUUGCACUACCCAGUCAUCAUGAACCAGAGGACACGUGCCAAAUUGGCUGUUGCCUCCUGGUUUCCAGGCUUUCCCGUAGCUACUGUGCAGACCACUUGGCUCUUCAGCUUUCCAUUCUGUGGCACCAACAAGGUGAACCACUUCUUCUGUGACAGCCCACCUGUGCUGAGACUGGUGUGUGCAGACACAGCAAUGUUUGAGAUCUAUGCGAUUGUUGGAACUGUGCUGGUCGUCAUGAUACCCUGCAUGCUGAUCCUGUGUUCCUACAUGCGCAUUGCUGCUGCCAUCCUUAAGAUUCCAUCAGCUAAAGGGAAGCAUAAAGCCUUCUCUACCUGCUCCUCCCACCUCCUUGUUGUCUCCCUAUUCUAUGUAUCUUCAAGCCUCACCUACUUCCGGCCUAAAUCCAAUAAUUCGCCUGAGAGCAAAAAGCUGCUGUCAUUGUCCUACACUGUUGUGACUCCCAUGUUGAACCCCAUCAUCUAUAGCCUGAGAAAUAACGAGGUGAAGAAUGCCCUUGGCCGGACCUUCCGCAAGGCUUUCGGCCUUAGAAUUUGCAUCCCAUAGACGUUAAGAAAUGAGAGUAAAGUGUACUCAAUGUGGAGCAAUCAGGUUCAUAUUUGGGAUUCCUCUGCCUCCCUUGCCAUCUCUGUUGGGAUGAAACCCAGCUGCUGAAAUGACUAUUGGGAAGCUCAGAAGAGGGAAAAGAGCAGGGAAGUAGGUUGGCCCUGUUUCUACCUCCUGGAAAACUCCUCUGUUCAUUGUAGGCUUACGUUAUUUUUUCUUAUUGGUAUUUCAAUAAUUCUGUGCCAUAUAAUUCCAGAUAUUCACAUUACUAUGUCCACAUUGUGAACAGCAUGAAAUUGCUUAUAAUCCUAUUGUGGGGAUACAUAAUAACAGAGGACAAGACCAGUGAAAAAUCAUCAUGUCAUUUUCUUUUCCAUCGGGCAGAUCUGACUCCAUUCAUCAGAGAGAAAACCCUGUAAUCCUUACCAAUGCAUAACUGUCAUCACUGUCUUAUUUCAGUUUGCAUGCCCUUGAAGCAUGUUAGUUCUUAUAAUCUCACUGGUAUGUGAUAUAAAUAUAGAAACAUGGAUUGAUAUUGCCCAUACUUACACCUUUAUAACCCCACAUACAUUUUAGUCCUUACUGUUUUCCCAGGAAGAAUGAGCUGAGCUUUCACAGGCUUUCUGUCCCAUACUCAGGUUCUUAAGCCUUGUUGAAGUAGUGGUAUAAAUUUCUAUUGUGAUACUGUUUUCAUCAAAGUUUAAAAUGGAUCUAGCUAACUGCAACAUAGCUCUUCCUUAACCACAAAAAUAUUUCUCAUUCUUCUUAUGAUUUCUUAGUACUCUAUUUUUUAGAUAUACCAUAGUUUAUUUAAUGACUCUUUUACAAUUAUAAAUCAUGCUGUAAAAAAUAUCUUUAUACACAAGCAUUUUCAUAUUUUUGCCAGUGUAUCUGACAGAUGGAAAUCUAGAAAUUGGGCAAAGGGUGAAUACAUGUACCAUGUUGUUAUAUAUUGGCAAAUUUCCCUCCAAAUUGAUUAUACCAUUUUACCUUCCCACCAGAAAUUUACAAGGGUUCUUCUUUUCCUAUUGUCCCAUCAAUAACACUUGUCAUUAAACGUUUGAAAUUUUGCUUACAUAAUAGGUAAAAAAUAACUAAAAUUUUAAUUUGAAGGAAAUAAAUUUUGAAGAUUAUGGAAGAAAUGAUUGAGUAAAUUAGAGAAUAUAGUGAAUUUCAUUCAUACUUCUGUGUUAGUAGUUUAGAUGAUUAGCAGCUGGUGAUGUCCGGUACUCCAUUUUCUCUGUUUGAAAAGUUCUUUCCAUCUGUACGUUAGCCGGAUCCAUCUCAUCUUUCAAGGCCCUAGUGUGAUCCCUCAAGCAGCAUAAAUUAUUCUCUGCUAUAUGCAUCUAUUCCAAUUUUAUCAACAGAUAAGUUAAAUUUUGCAUAUACUAUGCUGUACUGGUUUUUACAUGUUUGUCUUUUCCCAGUGUACCUGUAAGUCUUUAAAAAUUAAAGCUGCACAAUUAUUUUUGUUUUAACAUGACAUGAGAAUUCCUGAAAACCAUAUGUUCUGGAAAACUCUGCAUUUAAAAUACUAUGGAAAAAUAGGGUUAGGGAAUACCACUCAAAAUAUAUGCAAGUUUGAAGCCAGAGCAUUAACAGAAACAACAGCUGGUACCUGGAGAGACAACACAGACUGCUCAGAUAUGCAGUUC